UAACCCUCUUCACAGGCGUUAACAACAACAGGGUCGCCCAUCAUGGAGAAGAUGGAGGGUGUGGUCUAUUCUGCCAAUGGUCUACCCAUUUCAACGCUCUACGUAAACAAUCUCUAUGAGCGCGCCGAGGUUGACUUCAUGGUCGAAGCUAUGCGGACCAUCUUUCAGGACUUUGGCGAAAUUGUCGACAUUGUUAUGAAGAAGAGCCUCUACCGCAAGGGACAGGCUUUCAUAGUAUUCACUGAUCCAGCCUCUGUCUCAAAGGCCAUGACUAUGCAAGGCUUUCCACUUUUCGACAAACCGAUGCAUCUAGCACCCGCAAAGACUGUCAGCGAUGCUACGGUCAAGCAAAAAGGAAAUGACGACCAGCUUGAGACGCAUGUACGCAAGCGCAAGUCAGAGAAGGAGCGAAAGCAAGCCAAGCUAGCCGCGGAAGCUCAAAAGAAUGCCUCUCAUGCGCCGGGCGCCACGGAGCCAUCCAAACCUCGCCCAGCCAAGUCAGCUGCCGCUGUCAUACCCGACGAGUACCUGCCACCGAACAAGAUUCUUUUCCUGCAGAAUAUUCCAAGCGAUGUCGAUGCAGACGAGCUGACGAUAAUAUUCGAGCGCUUCCCAGGCUUCAAGGAAGUUCGAUCAGUGCCAAUGAGGGCUAUAGCAUUUGCCGAAUACGAUACGGAGCAAAAUGCGAUCACAGCAAAGGAGGCAACGGCUGGAAUGACUAUUGGAGCGGAGCAAAAGCAGAUGAAAGUUACCUACCAACGAAAGUAAGAAAGAGCAAGGCCUGCAACUUAGCCAACGAAUAUACCCCUUUCAUUUUCAUUAUCUUAGCAAAUCGAGGUG